GCUACAUCUGCUAUGUCGUGGACCGUAUUUGUAGAAUGGUGUGUAUUGUUGAGCUUCAUGUGUGUGAUGCUUUGCAGCACUGGUCUCGCCGACAGUAUCACAUCGCUGAAGGAUGUGAAUGGCAAUGACACGGCAUUUCCUACAUUCCAUGAAGCAGCAGGAACAGGCUGUAAUCCGCGUGCCUUACUUCAUGGUCCUGGUCAGGAUCUUUUCAAUGUGGAAUCUAACCGCCGCCGCAAUCCCCCGAACAUGAUGAAGAGACGCGCGCUGAUCCGCAGAAGACGAAUGCUUCAGUACGAGGAAGCGGAACUGCAACCAGUUCGGUUUGGAGAUCUAGAGAUUGCUGCGAUUUCCAAGUUCACUCGUGUCUGGAGGGACAAGAACACCGGGGCCAAGCUUUACCUGGCCAUUUUCCAGGCGGAUUUAACCUUGCUCGAGCAGGACCGAAAAUGGAAGGUUCUCGGUCAAUUGAGUCGGCCCAGCUACGCAGGCAUCACUGACACGGGGGUAACAAUUGUUGCCAGAAAUGUGAUUCAGAAUCAAUCCAACCCGAUCUUGAAGCCCCCUGUGGAGUACAAGAGGAUUUGGUACUCCAAGAAUGCUGGAUCACACAGGCAUUGGCCGAAGAAAAAAACAAAGCACGCUAGCGUGUGGAGACCGAUACCUGCCCAAGGAUACAUAUGUCUUGGUGACAUGUUUGCGCCUGGCUGGUUUGCACCGGUGCCCGGACAGGGCCUGUUCAGUGCCCAUGUCUGCGUUCGGGAAGACUGCGUCAAGGAAUCAGCCAUUGGAGAUUUUGUGUGGGAUGACCGUGGGUCCCAUUCAACAUAUGAUUGCUCCAUCUGGCAGAUUGACAACCCCGGGUAUAAUGGCAGUGUGGAAAGUCUGGUGCAGGGUUACAUUGCCACGGACGUUUACAAUGCCAAGCCGAAUCAAACCGUACAUGUCCUCAGCUUGCCUUCGUCCAUCAAAGGCAUGCGGUAUGGAGGCUUGGAGAUUGGUGUCACAACAUUGUACGUUCCCACAUAUAAUGAUCGGGGUUCAGGUGGCCGCAGGGAUGUUGCGUUCUUCACACCUGCGCUUAGUCGCGCGGAGGUGGACCAAGGCUGGAGGAUUCUCUCUCAUGUUGCCGUCCCCCACUAACAUCCUAUCAGUGGCCUGGUGGGCACGAUUGUUGCUCGAAAUGUGGAUGCCAACAUACCUAUUCUGAAGUCACCAGUUGACUACAGUCAUGUGUGGAUGGACGAGGGUUCAGGAGCGGUUCUUUACGGGUCCGUGUGGCAGCCGGAUCCCCCUACAGGCUAUGAGUGUCUUUCAGACAUUGCGGUGAGCUCCUGGACUAAACCCGCGCCUGGGCAGUCCGGCUCGGCCUGGUCAACUAGACACGAGAUCGUGGUGUCGCGACAGAAUGGGGAUCUCGUCGCGGGUAACACUGGCCUGCAGAUUACCCUUCCUGACCAUCGUCUGGUCGUAUUGUACCCCAAAUACCCCUCAUGACUCUUCCGGAAGUCUAAAAGCAGCUCGGCAAAGAGCACGGAAGCUGACCAUCUCCAAGGUGGAAGUGGAGGUCCAUUCUGCCAGAUAGGAGGGCAAGGACUCACUCACUGACCUAGCAAUCUCUCGAUGACAUAUUAGACAUAUCAGUGGUCUGCAUCAGCUGGGAGACUUCAUAAUAAGCCCACGAAGUCUUUUCGGUGCGGCUGUGUUUCUGCAAGGUGCUGAGGAAAGCCUUAGAAAGGAUUGUUAUGGUAAUGAAUUCAGGAAAUUGCU